AUGGGUUUCAUUUCACACCAGGAUUUUCAAGGAGGGUGUAAAACUGAGGAAGACGAAGGACAGAGUACUGAGGAAGACUCACAAUCAUUCCAUGGGGUCGGUGUGUGUAAAUGGUUCAACGUACGAAUGGGUUUUGGUUUCCUGUCCAUGAACAGUCAGGAUGGAGUGGCGCUUGAAGCUCCAGUUGAUGUGUUCGUCCAUCAGAGUAAGCUACACAUGGAUGGUUUUCGGAGUCUGAAGGAGGGUGAGGUAGUCGAGUUCAUCUUUAAAAAGUCCUCCAAAGGCCUGGAGUCUGUGCAUGUGACCGGGCCUGGCGGAGCUUACUGCAUAGGCAGCGAGAAGAGACCCAAAGGCAAGAGCACCCAAAAACGUCGUUCCAAAAGGGACAGGUGCUACAACUGUGGAGGGUUGGAUCACCAUGCAAAGGAGUGCAAGUUGCCUCCUCAGCCCAAAAAGUGCCAUUUCUGCCAGAGUGUCUCUCACAUGAUUGCCAACUGCCCAAUCAAAGCACAGCAGUCUUCACCAGGCUCUCAGGGAAAGCCUUCCAGUUUGAAAGAAGAUGAAGAGGUGCAAAAUCAUUCCCCUCAACCCACUGAGAUGGCUGACUAA